UAGCUAUACGGUAGUAGCGUACGCAUCAGUGGUAAACUAUUCAGUUUUGUGUUUUGCCAAGUUGGAGUCGAUCCGAAUUAGACUCAGUACAUGUGUUUAGUGCCGCGAGCGUCAAAUCAAAAGUGAUCGAGGAUUUUUACGAUUUAAAACCCAAAGUGGCUUGUGCCUUACUUAGAUAUUUGUUGUCGGAAAGUGAAAAAUGAGUGCAUUGCAAACUGAGCGCCGUUCGUGGCGCACAUUUAUUAGAUACAGAUAGACUUCGAAAGUUGUGAAUAGUUUUUGAAUCGGAGCAAAGAGUGUGUUGUAUAAAGUGUUUGUGCAUCGGGGUUUUUUUUUUUGUUAUCGGCGCAGACUGCAGUGGCAUAAAUUAAAAAAUGAUUACGGCGGGAGGUCGCGUUGUUGAUGUGAUGCUGUGGUGUUUGCUGGCGUGGUUCACGGCGCAUCUACAGCUCACAGAAACCAGAAUGGAAGAGGUCGACUCCAAAUACAAAAGUAUGGAGCCACACACCCAAUCCACGGAGAACCCAAAGCCGGAGCCGCCUCGCAUCGAGCCCAAGCUGGGAAACUGCUUCCACAUGACCCGCAAGGACUGUCCCGCCGACAUGAGAUGCAAGAGGAUAGAACCAGACUCCGUGUUCUGCUGCGACGUCGACAGCUUCAGACUGAAAGAGGCUUUAGCCAUCACCAUGACCCAGAACACGACUAACCUGCACGUGCUCAACGCGACCAUCGACGAGUUGGAUGUUUCCCAGUCCAUUUUCCGGCGACUCACCUCCAUGGCGCUCACUGAUGGAAACAUCGGCAAAAUAAUUGGCCAGUUUCCAAAACACUCAUCAAUCGCGUGCUUGAACAUAUCCAACAACAACCUGAGCAGUGCGACCCUCCAACCACCGAUCCAGCGCCCCUUCGCAUACCUCUUCAACCUGACCGUGCUGGACGCAUCCCGGAACAACCUCACCGAGUUCCCGCUUAGCCUGGUGCAGAGCAACCGGAAGAUCUCCGUGGAUCUAUCAGGCAACAACUAUCUGCCAUGCAAGCACUUCCUGAAAGUCAUGGAGACGAACAACAGCUCGCUGGUGACUUUCCUCAACUACGACAAGACGUUCUGCGCGCUCGACCUGCGCUUCAACUGGUUCAAGGACGUGCUCAUCGUCCCCAUCGACCAUCUGAGGGUGCAGAAAGAGUUAAACAUCAGCUGCCGUAACAUCCGCCCGGCGGACAUCAACUGCACAUGCGUGCCCGACCGCCUCGAGCUCAUGGACGGGGUCAACAACCUGGUAGCCGCAGUGGACUGCUCGCAGCGCCACCUGAAGGAGAUGCCCACGAAUUUGCCGCCGAACACCGCCAAGCUCAACGUUUCAUACAAUAAUAUAACAUCGCUGCAGCCGGUGUCUGACCCGAGCUACGAACACGUGCGCCAGCUGCUCGUGGACCACAACGAUAUAGCCAACAUCGUAGAGCUGGAAGGCACGAAGUUCAUAGACAACUUCAUGAUCUUCUCCAUCACUCACAACAAACUCAAGACGAUCCACACUUACGUCCUGUCCAACCGUUUCGAGACCAUGGGACCCUCGUUAUUGAUAUCCGGAAACUACAUUCAUUGCGACUGCAACACCGAGAAAGUGCUCAAGCCAUGGCUUCUCGAAAACUUCAAAAACAUACCGGACUACAAAGGCCUGAAGUGCGAAGACAACAUGGGCGCGGUGGUCGACCUGCGGGAGUCGCAAGUGUGCCACACGCCGAGAGAUUGGACCGACUACAUUUACUACAUUAUAGGACUGGAGGUGCUCAUCUUAGUGCUGCUGAUAAGCAAAGUGUCCUACGACUACUGGGUGUUCAAGACCGCGGGGUAUCUGCCCUGGCCGGCGAACAAGAUGCCCAGGUUGCCGUGCGACUGGCUGUGCGAAUGAAUUUUAAUUGACUGUAAAAGGUAACUUCGGAUUUAGUACUUGUAGAAAACAUCGUCCGUGGAAGAACUAUCACCAUGAUUAUUUCUGCCGUUAAGCAGCAUUGCUGUGUGCGACAGGCAAAUGAGAACAUCUACGCCUCAGGUUUAUGGGCGGUUUAUUUGUAGGACGUAUCCUUGCAUGCCCUGCGAAAUGUUGCUCUGUUUAGUUUAAAAUAAUAGUAGGCAAUGGUCGAUUGUGGCCGGUUACUUGGUCAAAAAAAAAUACCAUCGACUAACUGUCAAAAAUGGAACACAGAAAAGUGAGCUUUAUGAAGAGCGGCAUAAAGCUAAUUGUGCUUCUCUUCACUUCUUACAAUCCGUUGAGAACUCGUCGACAGGCGACGCCUAGGAAGAAUGCAUAAUUUGACACCGUCACUCGUGGUCGAGUAGUCGUUUGACGGUGAACUGUGAACACUAGUUGAAAGACAGUUGAGUUGUUAAGCGAAUAAAUGCCUUCACAGUGAAAUAUAUCUGCUAAGAACGGGGUCUCGAUAAGAAACGGGUUAAAAUUUUGUUCAGACUUAAUAUUAUGUAAUUUAGACAAAAUCCAUUUUA